GUGUACCGGCUGUCAGGUCAGUUCAGUCUUGGUGUUGCUCUGAAGGACAGAGCUGUACAGUUGGUCAAAGCUGUUUAAAUAAAAGCUUACAUUAAACUAAAGUCAGAACAUGGCGAGAGGAAGUCGCAGUCGUUCUUCAGCACCAGCAAGUGCUCCAACGCACUCGUACGCGCCAGCUCCAGCUGCUCCUCCACCAGCAGCCGUGGCCACUGUCCAGCCCAAACAGCCAGGUCUCAUGGCUCAGAUGGCGACCACAGCUGCAGGUGUGGCUGUGGGUUCAGCGGUUGGCCACGUGGUGGGUGGUGCCCUCACCGGAGCUUUCAGUGGGGGCAGCUCUAGCACCUCAGAGCCACCAAGACCAGCUCCUGCAUAUCAGGAACCUUCCCGUGCUGCUCCCUCUCAGGCUGGCCCAUGUCUUUUCGAGGUGAGGCAGUUCCUUGACUGCGCCACCACGCAGACAGACCUCACCUUGUGCGAAGGCUUCAACGAGGCUCUUAAACAGUGCAAGUUCUCACAUGGUGUGUCAUCUCUGGUGUGAGGAGCAUUUGACCGAAGACACUAAACAUAAUUAUUUUCUUGGUCCAGUACAUUCAGAUUUCACCAGCAGUUGACCUGUAUUUAGUUGAUUUGUUUUCUUUUUCAUUGUUGGCUGUGAGAAAGUGAAAUAAAAAGCUGCUAUUUAUUGUU